AUGGCGUCGCAAAACGUCUCUCGAGAAGCUGACGAGAGAGGACUACUCGCGUCACUGUGCGUAGGCAUCGUCUUCGUCAUGAUGCGAACUGCAGCACGAUGGUUCAAGUGUCGUAGAAUCCCAACUGAGAUGGAAGACUUAUUCAUGUAUCUCGCCUUAGUGUCAUUCGCCAUUACUUGCGCGCUCUACUAUGCCACGACUAAUACCUUCUUCAACGCCAUGGCCAUCAUUGCGGGGGAAAUGGAGCCCUAUGCCAGUCUGGAGCAUGACUUGCUCGUCAUGCUCCACGAAUUCUUCACCGUCCAGUUCUUCUUCUGGCUGACCCUUUGGUCUGUCAAGUGGAGCCUGUUGGCCAUGUUCAAGAGACUCACAGACGGGUUGCCUUGGUACAACAGGGUUUGGUGGGGGGUUCUUAUAUUCUCCGUCUUGACCUUUAUCGGGUGCUGCAUCAGCAACUUCACCAGUUGCUCGUCUAUGCGUGCUUGGUUUACACCAGGGCUAUGCACCACCGCUCGGGAUUCGAGGGCAAAGCAGAUCAGUCUGUGGUUCGGCCUCGGCGCAGACCUGACGACCGACCUUCUGAUCAUGGCUGUGCCUGUCCGUGUCCUGUGGGAUUUGAAAAUAUCGCUUGUUGAGAAGCUCAGCGUCGGCGUCAUCUUCCUCGUUGGCGUCUUGACCAUGAUUACGGCCAUUAUCCGAAGUGUUUCAUUAGACUCUAGCGUGUACCAAGGUCAAGUCGGCGUGUACCAAGGUCAAGUCAGCACAACAUGGCUCAUGCUGUGGGCUUGUAUCGAGGGAGUCGUCGCAAUAAUCACUGGGUGCCUCCCGUCCUUUGCCGUUUUUGUCCGCCGUCGUGUCAUGGCCCCUGAGCUUCACCACGACUCUGGCUCAGACCCCCUUGGGUAUCACUCAACUGCCGGAUCAACUGAGGAAACCGGUAGCAGCAGGCGUUCUCGGAAUGACCAUCAACGACAUCAGUUGUCUGAUACAACAGGUGACAGGAGCUUGGCCGAUGGCGGCAUCAUGGUGACGAGAAGAUGGAGUCAAAAGUGGCAGGACUUGGAAAGGGGGCCGAGGCACUUCGAAGCAGGGCAUGGGCUGGAUACCAUCGCUUGA